AUMAAUAACACUAAUACAAAACAUAUAAAUUUUAGUGCACCAAACCAAUUUACCAAGUCCAAUACGAACGAUCAGCAACAGAGCGUCACAAAAGGUCAAAUUAGCAAAGCAAAGUUCGAAACAAUGUCUGGUAAGGUGAACAGCGAAAAAAUUAUCGCAUUUGUUAGCAACAAAGAUUCGAUGGUCACACACCCUAAUAUCAACAAUGAAAUUGAUGCUAAAAUCAAACGUAUUAACAAAGAAACUGAAUCAAAUGGUUUCAGUUCUCCUCAAAUAGCGCCAGAUCAUGUCGAAAAACAACAACAACUUMUUAAUUUUACUGAUACUGACAUACACAGAGCCAAGAGUUCUGGUAGAAACAAAACAACAAAACAAAGCAAGCACUGGUAUAACGCCGAACACACGCUUAAUGGCACUAACGCGUUCGAAAGAACCACAAAUGCAUUCGGUACAAACACUACCAACACUGCCAACACACUCACAAGCGCACCAAUUUCGUAUACUUCUACGUCUCCGCUCUCGCAAAGAUCGCCAUUAUUUACACAAUUAGCUAAUUAUAUUUUUACUAAGCAUUCCUUAAAUGAAUUAACCCCCAAACAUCCAAAUAACAUAGUAUUUAGUACACCAUAUCCAUUAACGUCCCCAUCAAUUCCACCACAUGCUCCUAUUAACCGGGCUGAACUUAAAUCACCUCAUUACUACCCGUUUAAAAAAGAAAAUCAAAUAUACAUCGCUAAUCCUAGUAAUAACAAUUUUAUUUCCCGAGGCAAACGAAGCGCCAUCUCCACACAUCACAAGAAUAUCCCUCAACCCCUAAGUAGUGGUAAUUUUAACUAUCCAAACGUUCCUACUGAUAUAGCCACUAUUAAUCGCAUAGCUGCUAAAUACCAAACUCCCCUUCCCGCCUUAGAUCCCAUUGCCGUUGCUGUGUCGACUGAUGGAGAAACCGGUACGAGUUCAGUUCCAGGACCUUUGGCUACAGCAAUCGUGGCAACCACGGUAGAUGUGGAAAAUGCUCAGCUAGUCGAAUUGAAUCCGAAAGGCACAAAUGUGCUUACCACAAGUCAAACAGAUAAGAAAUUACCAAAUCAUAAUCUUAACUCGUUGCCAUCAUACAUACUUGAGUUAAACGACCCGGAUAUUGGAGGACCUGUGGAAUACAUGCCAGCUGAGGAUGGGUCAUCCUUGAAGGUUAUCGCAUGGGAUUUAUUACCACCAAUAGAACAAGAACCUACCAUAAUUACUUCGGAAAAACAUUUGCCAAAAUUUGUAUCUGGUACACAUAACAAUAAAGUAUCUUUAACUGCGGGACAGAGCUUCAGUGCACAAGCAUCUGAAAUUGGUGUUUCCAAUAAAGGAAGUGUGUCCGUGGUAUCCUUUACUAGUCCACAAGAAAAUAGGAUUCAUUUUACGAGUUCAACUACAACUACUCCCAAAUCGACUACMGCGCGUACGACGAGGCCCACAACCACAACUACUACGACAACGACAAGAGCUAGUACGACAACCCGCCGUCCUACCACAACAACAACACGUCGUACGACAACUACUAGACGUAAUCCAACAACUACAACAACAACCACACCAGCACCACUUAAUCCAAACGACUUUUUCCAAUUAGAAAAUGGUGACUCAUAUACUCUACCAUCCUGGUUAGCUGAUAUUGAUGAUCCUGAAUUGGAUGCAGCAGUAAGUUUUAUUCCACCAGAAAAUAUACACGAAUAUAAUGAUACUAUUUCGCGGGAUAUUCUUCCUCCACUUGAACCAUACACCGAUCUUAAUGACAUUGAGUUGCCUGAAGAGCUUCGUACAACUUCCACCACUACCAYUCGGCCCCGUACCACAUCUACGACAUCUAAGCCUCGUCUAGCAUUUACUACCACCGUUAAAAGUGUAACUGUAUCCACACCUCGACCACAUUGGGUACGCGCUUAUCCCACAACUGCCAAAGCAAUCACUACUACAACCACUCAAAGACCAAACUCUUUUGACGAUCGUUUUUCUUCCAAUCAUAUUGCACAAACGCAUGAUUCGACAUUUGCCUCAUCUUCUACCUUUCCCAAUUCGAAAGUGCACACGUCAUUACUUAGUAAUAGCGUCAUCAGUACCACGACUAGCACGACAACACCAAAACCUCGACUAACGACAUCGGCGGCACCAUCGCACCAUAUCAAUAGAAAUCAACAAGACAACAAUAGAUUUAAUGAAAAUUCUUCCACUAUCGCAGAUCAUACAACAAGUACUGAAGCGAAAAACAGUCAAGCAGUCACAACAUCAAAAUUCUCUAAUUCAAAUCCCUUCUUGCCAGCACACAAUAUUGCUACACGUCCGUUUUCGUCACAGAAUGCAAAUAAAUUUACUACCGUCMCGACAACGACUACUACAACUACAACUCCUGCAACUCCAAUAGAAGAAAAUCCAUUCGAUUCCGUCACUUUACCAUCGUGGUUAGCUGAUUUCGAUUAUCCCGACUUGGCUCCAGGUGUGCCGUUCAUAUAUAAUGCUGAGGAAUCGAAUUCCGAUGUUUCCAAUGAUUUACUGCCACCUUCGCAGCUGUCUGCUGAAACAACAAAACCAAUUUUCAUAACAUCCUCCCCCACAUCCUUUAACUCCUUUCAAAUUGCACCAAGUUCAACUAAUCGGCACGAUUCCACUUUCGCUUCCGCCUCCACCUCUACUACACGUACUUUCGCUUUUAAUAAUUCCCCAUCAAAAGUCAUCACAACUGCCAAACCAUUCAACAUCCAAAAUCCAUUCGCGAAAGUGCCUAAUAGCAACAAUAACAAUCAAGAGGCAAUCACUGUGCCACCAGUGCUAUUUAGUCCACCAACCGCAGAUGCUGAGAGUAARGUCGACAUUGUGGCCGUGAACGAUGUCAGCAAGGCAGAUCCUCGUUUUGAUCGUGAAAACGCAGCAGCAACAGCUGACCAAUUUCAUAACAACAAACAUUCCUCAUCAAGUUUUAAUAAAAAUUUUGCAGCUCCAUUCGAACCAACUUCGACGGCUGGCAGCGCCGAUUCAUCGGCUUCCACAGAUCAAGAUUUUGGUAGCUCAACGAAAACCACAUUUUCGAAAAGUAACGAAGGCAAAGUGAUAACUAACAACGUAUUUGGUACUUCCAGUGGCGUUACAAGUGCAUCUAAACAAAGUGGAUUUAGUGCCGGUACCACUGCCGGGCAAGCAGAUUUCCAAAAAGACUUCCAACAUAGUAGCAGCAGCUUCACCGGAACUUCGAAUACCUUCAAUAAGGCUUCAACUCCGAGCGCAUUCUCAACCUUUAACGGUGCUCCACAGAGCACGAAUUUCAAUACUUUUAAUAACAAGGGCAAUAAUAGACCAGUAACCAAUGUAAAUACUGGAAAAUACACUGGAGGUUUUGGCGGAUCUCCAGGUGUUUUGGGUAGUGGGAAAUUAGGUUCCGAAGUGCGAUCAGAUGGAUCCAUACGCCCUGCGAAUGUUGCAUUUACACAGGGAACGGCCAUUGCACCAACAGCAUCACCAAAGCUUCCAACGAAUCCUAACUCUGCAAAUCGCGUUGGAAUUCCAACUUCCUCCGGUUUAGCAGUCGACUCUGGUGUCGGUGCUAAUAAGUACCAAGGCACAUUCGGUGGACCACCCGGAGUGUUGAACCCGUUUGACAAUGUCAAAGCGAAUAAAUAGAAGUAAGGACAGCURCGAACUCAUCGCAGCAUCAAAGAUUAUUUAUUUAUAACAUACUUUUGUUUUUACAAUAUGUCAGAGAGUAGUAUUUUAGAAUAUCUUUCGCAAUUCUGGUUACAUUGAAUAUAUCGAACAUGUUAAGACAAUGUUAAUCCCAUACUUUUCUAUAUGUGCUUAUGUAUGUAUGAUCAUGAGUGUAACAUUUUAUAUAAUUGCAAAUAAAAAUUAAAAAAUUGCUUAUAA